CCAAACAGCCGGCGAUUAGAAAUAGGCUUCGAAUAAUCUAUAAUGCCGCGGUUAGGGCUGAAAAAAGUAAAAAGUGUUGAGAGACAAUAACAUAAAUCGUAUAGUGUAAAAUGUGCCUAACAAAAUGUGGGGUGUUUAUUUUUGUGUUUAUAGGAUUUUUCAUUAUAGAUACAGAUGUGAACGCGAACAUGAUGUCAAUGCUUGACUUCCGGUACUGGCGCUGCGUCAUGAAACGAGAGUGGAAGUGUCCAGAUAGUGAAAUUAAUUUCUAUCUUUAUACUCCGGAACGGCCCUAUAAGCAAUGGAUAGACGUGAGACACAUACAACUGCUGCCGAAGUUCGGAUGGAAAUUAACGAGAAAGAAUGUAUUUAUCAUUCAUGGUUUCAACGGCACACAUUCGAAGACACCGAUGUCCAACUUACGUGAUGCUUAUCUAUGGCGAAAAGAUUAUAACGUAUUUACGGUGGACUGGGCAGACUUAUCCAGAUUUCCUUGCUAUCUAUCGGCCUUGUCAAACAUGAGAUUGGCAGCACAGUGUACAGCCCAACUUUAUUCGUACCUGACGCUGAACGGUGCGACGGCCAAGAUGAUCACCUGCGUUGGUCACUCCCUCGGAGCACAUGUGUGUGGCAUGAUGUCCAGCCAUCUCACGAAGAAGCAGUACAAAAUAAUAGGUUUAGAUCCAGCCAGACCACUGGUGUCAGAAUUUGGAUCCAGCCAGUUCCGCCUUGGUCGUGAUGAUGCGCACGUAGUUCAAGUUGUGCACACGAAUGCUGGGUUUCUGGGUGAGAGUGGACUUAUAGGCCACGUGGAUUUCUGCGUGAAUGGAGGCCGGCUUCAGCCAGGCUGUAAAGGACAUUUUAUGCGUGUAGCUCGAUGCAGUCAUUUUAUGAGCUCUUGUUAUUUCGCCGCUAGUAUACGUCGUCGCGUGCGCAUGAUUGGAGUUCCGUGCGAUUCUUCAUGUCCCAAGCAAGGCCGGUGGAGAAUCACGGAUGCUGCUAGUAAAGCUGUCCGUAUUGGAGACGAUAUUCCAGCGUCAUCUAAGGGCAUGUACUGCGUGCAUUUGGAUCAUAACGAAGAUUGUCCAUUCGAUUAGAAAUUAGUAUAAUAGUUUUAUUAAUUAGCUUUAAGUUAUCAAUGAGUUGUUAUAAAGUAACUAUUUAUAAAUAUGUGGAAGACUUAGAUCCACUGUUAGGAGUGGUCUGAGUAUGUCAGAUACUAGUGCCAGAUAAACAAGCAGUUAUAUGUUAUGUACUCAGUUUAGCAGCAAACUUUAAUAAAUAUCUUUUUGUCGUCGGCAAAUAGUAAGUAUCUUUAAUUUUUUAUUCAUAAAUCAAUGUAAAAUAGAAAAACAUUAUACACGAGAGGCCCUAAAAGAGAUCCCUGUGGUAUACCAUAUAGUUUUUCUUAUUACUACUGCUUGCCGUCUUUUGAUAGGGUAAUAUUUCAUCCAUGUACCUAGUUCCUUUCCAUGCCUUUACUUAAUCGAUAAGCCAUUAUCAAUGAACUUUCAUAUUGGGGUAGAUUGGUCCUUGAUACUUAUUUGCACUUAGUCUCUAAUGCAAACGCUACAUCACUACUACAGUCUGUGAUUGUUGGGCAAUAAUGGCAUAGUACCGCAACCAUAUUACGUAUAUUGUUUUAUAUGACGCAUGACAUGGUAUGCCAGUAUUUUAGGAGCUUUCAGUUGCACACAUUCGAUACAGUUUGUGGGUGGAUGAUGCAGCUACUUCAGUUAUUUUCACAGCAUCAUGACGUACGGUAUUUUACUGUGGGGUCAUGCUGCUGACAUUGAUGUAGUGUUUGCUCUGCAAAAGAGAGUUGUUCGUGCAAUAUAUCAGUUUGGUUAUAGACAGUCUCUUAAAGAAAAAUUUAAAGAAAUUAAUAUUAUGACUUUUCAUUGUCGUCUUUUUGCUCUUAAUACUGAUUUUCAUUGUUAUAACACUAGAAAUAAUAAUAAUAAUCUUAAUACAAAAUAGCUUUAAGGGUCAAUGUAUACACUUUUAUAAUGAAGUCCCAGCCACUGUUUAGGCAUUCUGUAUAAAUAAAUUUAAAUGUUUUAUUAAAAAAUAGCUCUGUCGUACAUCCUACUAUUCCACAGCUGAAUACCUAAGUGAUCGGACAGCCUGGGACUAGAUUAUGAUUAUUUAAUAGAAAUAGCAAUGACAGUACAAUAUUGUAUAUUUUUAUUAAAAAGAGCGCAAAAAAAGAAUCCUGGGAGAGUUUCUUGCGCCGCUUCUUCUCUCUCAGACCGACAUUUGUUUCCGAAGCGGUAGUAGUAUCUAGUAUAUUAGGUAUGACACCAAAAAUAAUUCUAAAUGAAUUUUGUGAAAUUAAAUGCCUUUUAUAACUUUUACUGUAAACUUUAAUGACUUGUUUUGUAUUAAUUUACAUUUACAUUUUUGACUUACUCGUGUAAAGCAUUGACUAUUUGACGUUUGAGUAUGUUUGUUGCAUCAUUUUAUAUAUUAUAUUAUAAUUGAAAAGAUUUGUAA